CCGCGAAAUUCAAGCGAUUUAGGGAACAUAAAUCUAAACCUUAUAGAAAGGAAUGUGGUGCUAACUGACAAAGGAUAAUGUGAAAGGCGAAAUAUUCGCAAAGUAGUUUAGUGCGCAAGGAUGUAGAGAAAAUGGCAUAGACAUACAAUUCACUGUGGUGUCAUAUUUGGUCAAGUGCAGUUUUCAGUGGAUUCUCGUUGUGUACAAAUGGUGCGGAUGAAUGAAUAGCGUUGGAAUUUGAUGAAAAAAAUAUUUGAUAUCCUUUGGAAGGAGUAACUCAUAAAGCAUAUAUCUGUAUUAUAUACAUAUGUAAAAAAAACGUUUUAUAUAACGCAAACGCUGGAAAAUCCCCUAAAUUGUAAAAAAUUUCGAAGUAGUGUUAUGUUCAUACAUAUAUAGUGCAGAAAAGUGUCUCUUGUGUAUAAAGUAACUUACUUUUCGCGGUUUGUCUAAACAAGCGAGUGCGUUUCCUAAUGGAAUGAAAGGAAAUCUUUUAUAUUGCUACUGUAUGUGUGCAUGUGAAAUCCAAGUGACACCCAUUGCUAUAGAAGCGAAAUUCAUGAAAAAUCGAUAUUCGCCAAAAAGGAAACGGUCAGCCGCGUUUUAGGUAUAGUGGCUAUAAGUACGCCUCCAUUUGGUACAGACGCAAAAACAAAAGCGUUGUCAAAGCAAAUUUACCAGAAAUAAUUACUUAAACAGUACAUAACAUAUUUAGGUAAACUAAAAAACCAAAAAAUCUCGCUGGAAUCAACACUAACAAGCAAAUGUUGAGAUUUAUAUGCCACUCGUGUUGUUGUCGUUUGUCCUAAAUUCCAUUAGUCGCAUGCUCAAUUAUAUAUUUUAGACUAUUAACUCGCAUACUUACGCAUAUUCUCAUAUUUAAGUGUACAUAUGUAUUAAUCCAUUAUCCUCACUGCCAUCAACGUAGAAGCUACCACGUACCACCAGUUUUCUGAUUAGCCUGAAAAUUUUGUAAAUUCAUUGUCUACUUAAACUGCCUACUUCUGUGUAUGCAUUUUUUUACAAAACGUCCUCAAUUCCUUCACUCAUUGCUACAGAUGAGUCAUGUGCGUCCAAAACUGUUCGAAUACUUUAAAGAACUUUAAAAUAACAGUGAUUUGUGCGGAUCGUAAAUCAAACUCUAUUUAGUGCCGUAUUGAAAAACGUAUAGAUAAAUAAAUGUGAAUGUGUGCUGACGAGAUUUAAAGUCCUUUCGGUUAUUAUUACAAUUAUAAUUAUUGACUUGAGACUACGUUUGGAAACAAAAUGAAGACACGUCUUGUUUCGUUAACAUACCGCGGCAGCGCCUCUGUGGAUCCGCGCUACUCCGCCGCAAUGUUGCCAUGGACCAUAAAUGAUAUUCGCUCCACAGAAAGCUACUCGAAGCUAUCCGUUGGCAUCGAAAAUGGUGUGCUCGAGUCAUAUAAUUCCGAUUUCGAAUUACAAUUCAGUCAUCCGCUCAAGCAUAUUGUCGGCAUGUGCCGCAUCGUACACAAGCAGAGCAACACGAAAAGCGCCGGCAACGGUUUCCUCCAGUUGAAAGCCUUCACCAGCAGCGGCAGCGCAGGUAGUAAUGCGAAUGGUUUGAAAUCGAACGGCACAGGUGGUGCCUUAACCACCUCCACUUCGUAUGGUUCGCUGUCCUCGAGCGCAGCACUGCGCGAACGGGAGCGCGAGCGUGAACGUGAACAGGCGGCAUUGGCCGCUGCAAAUGGCGUGGAUGGUGGUGCUAAUGAGCCAGUUAAUGGCGGAAAUGCGAAUAAUUUCAUGGAAUUUCUCGGUCCCAUCACAGGCCUCGUGUACUUGAUGAAGGAUCCGCGUGACCCGUUAUUGCAUAUUUAUCUAUUCGAAUGUGAAGCGGUUGAGGAGAUGGCCGAGCUCAUGCAUCAAAUGCGUGAUCCUGCGCACACACUUGGCGGCUCUGUGGGCAGCAUACCGCAGACCUUUGUCGCCAACGGCUCCAGCAAUGACUUGUCCAUGCAACGCGCACUCACCGGCAACGGCAUACACGCCACACCGGCCACCAAUCUCAAGCUCAGCGAAGCCGUACGCAAUGCUCAACACGAUGCUAGUCCCAAUAUUAUUUCGUCUAAGAUGAAAUCGUCUAAAUCGUAUACGCAUGGCUUGAGCAACUCAGCGGGCACCGUGCACAUUCCGACAUCUACCUCCGCGCAGAGUAAUCUGUCAUUGCUCGCCGAUAUCUCACCCAAUCACACACACUUCUUCGAAGUCAUGUAUGUGGGCAAAAUACGCGUCUCACACAAGCGCGUGCCCUUCUCAUUCAUCGAUGACGCCCUGCCCAAGUUCAAGGCGUACGACGCGCAACGUACACGUCUCAUGCAGUUGACCGCCACCGCCACGGCCAGCGCUGCAACAACGGCAGCAGCGUCUAAUCGCAAACUCUCCUUGAAUGUUGAGUCCAGCAAUGUCAAUGCGCACGCCAAUAGUAGUACCGUAACGUUCGAUCUGAAAGCCAUUUCGCUCAAAGAGAGUGAUGCUGAAGAGUCAGCGGCAGAAAUGGUUGAGGGCGCGAGCGCAGAAACAGAAGCCGAAACAUCGACGGAGACAGAAACGGAAGCUGAGCAGCAGGAUGCGAUGCCACGCAAGUCGAUGAGAGAAAGCAUUGCAGAGGAAGGCGUUACACAAAUCGUUGGGGAUGAGCAGAACACAUCAAAUAAAUCGAAUAAAUUACCAAAGCGAUUAUUGCGCGGCAUUAGUCAGACUGAACUUCCUGUGAAAAAAGACAUACCCAAGCAACGCGAUCGCUCCGCCUCGUACGGUUGUAUUCCUCCAUUUGUAGAGCAGAAUCGUACCAUGGUCUUUCUGGUGGGCCGGUCUGAUUUGCGGCUCAUCUCGCCAGAUCGCAAGCAAGUGUUGCUAUACAAGGACUUCAAGGAUGUGGCCAGCUGCGCGCAGGGACAAAAGAAUCCCGAUCAUUUCGGCAUCAUCUGUCGUGAGGUGCAUAAUGAUGGCUACAUAGGUUAUGUCUUUAAAUGUCAGUCGGAUCAUGUGUGCGACGAUAUAGUGGCGGCCAUUUCGCAAGCUUUCGUCACUUGCGCAGAACAAAAGAAAAAGGAAGCCACACAGAUCUUCUCGUGUGAACACUGUCCCAUGUUGUGGUAUCACAAACUCUGUAGCGACGUUGAAGGUUUGAGUGAGAAGAAAACACAAGCGAUGAUAUUCCGUCGCAUAGAGUCGCUUACCGACGAUGAGCAGGACAUGAUUUGGGCCAAGUACUAUGGUUCGGAGAAGACCAGCUCACCGCUGUCGGAGCAAAAUCAAUUCUUGAUGAUGCUCUUACGUGCGCAUUGUGAGUCACGUCAGCAAAGGCAUGUGCACGACACUGCUGAGAAUCGUUCAGAGUUCUUGAAUCAAUACUUGGGUGGUAGUACGAUUUUCAUGAAAGCCAAACGUUCGCUCACCAAUUCAUUUGAUCAUCUGUUGAAACGUAAAGCAUCCAAGGAUGACAUUGGCAUAGCGCAUGAUUUGCGCGAUCAUCAGAUACGUGAGAAAUCGGCCGAGCCGCAUCCGGUUAGUCGUAGUGGCAAUGAGACACCACCGGAGGGUUUCCGCUCCCGUUCGAACACGAUUGGUAGCGCAAGUCCGAGCAAACCCAAUGCAGAGCACUUGAAGAGUCCCAUGAUGGAUAUUUUCAUUAAAGUUGGCAACAGUCCCAAGGAAUCUGAAGCACAUAAAGCUUCAUGGCGUCACGCCAUUUUAAACAGCGUGGUAACACCAUCAAAGGGUAUGGAUGGCGAUGCGCAGAAUGAAUUUAUGUCACCAAUGAGAAUUACAAAACGCAUACGCGGCAAACGGUCGCGUGAGGAGCUUCGCGAUCUCUGGAAGACCGCCAUACGUCAGACCAUACUGUUGAAUCGCAUGGAAACCGAGAAUGCUAUGUUACAGGCUCGUCAAAAUGAAAAUGAGCUCAAACGCAUCAAACUCGACUAUGAAGAAAUCGUGCCAUGCGACAAACAGCUGAUCGAGCGUUGGGAGCAGAUCAUUGAACGUGACUCCAUGAAAAUCGCCAAUAAGAAGGAUCCCAAAGUGCUAGCACAAGCCAUUAAAUGUGGUGUGCCACGUUCGAAACGUGGUGAUGUUUGGACCUUCCUCGCCGAUCAGCAUUCCAUGAAUACAGCACCAGUGGAUACAAAGAAAUUCCCCAAUUUCAAUACGCCCUAUCAUACUUUGCUGAAAAAUCUCACCGAACAUCAGCAUGCCAUCUUUAUUGAUCUGGGACGCACCUUCCCUAAUCAUAAAUUCUACAAAGAUCCAUUAGGUGUAGGACAAUUGUCGCUGUUCAAUUUGCUGAAAGCCUACUCCAUACUCGAUCCAGAGCUGGGCUACUGUCAAGGUUUGGGUUUCAUAUGCGGCAUAUUGUUGUUGCAUUGCGAUGAGGCGGACGCUUUUCAAUUGCUCAAACAUCUCAUGUUUCGUCGUCAGAUGCGCACGAAAUAUUUGCCGGAUAUGAAGAAAUUCCAGUUGCAGUUGUAUCAACUAUCACGACUCGUCAAAGAUCACUUGCCUGAAUUAUACAUUUGGCUCGAUCAGAAUGACGUGUCGCCCACUCUGUAUGCCGCACCCUGGAUUCUAACUGUAUUCAGCUCACAAUUUCCGCUGGGUUUCGUGGCACGCGUUUUCGAUUUGCUUUUCCUCGAGUCAUCGGAGGUGAUUUUCAAAUUCGCCAUCGCUCUGCUGACGGUGCACAAGGACGAGUUGCUGGCCCGCGACAACUUUGAGGAAAUUAUGGAUUAUCUAAAAACGGUUGUGCCGAAAAUGGAAGCUCACACAAUGGAGAAAAUAAUGAAAUUGGUAUUCACUUUGGACGUCAGCAAGCAGCUGACCGAAUAUAAUGUGGAAUACAAUGUAUUACAAGAAGAGAUCUCAACAGCAAAUCACCACUUGGAGAUGUUGAACAGAGAGAAAACACGUAAUAUGCAUCUCGAACAGCAACUACAGUUUGCUCAAUCGUCGAUCGCCCAGUUGGAGAAGACACGCUCCUCUCAGCAAACGCAAAUCACCUCGCUGCAAACACAAGUACAAUCGCUGGAGUUGACCAUACAAACGCUGGGUCACUUUGUCACUCAAUUGGCCGAACAAAAUGUCGAGCUCGAAUUGCCCGGUGAUGUGCGACGCAUACUGCAACAGCUGGACGAUUUGGAGCGUCAGCGGCGCCGACCACACUUCACUGAACGCAAAAUUGGCAAAUCCGUGUCGGUCAAUAGUCAUUUGGGGUUUCCACUAAAAGUGUUAGAAGAGUUGAACGAAAGAGAAGAACAUGGUUCGCCACAAAAGAAGAAGGAGAAGACACCUUUUUUUGAGCACACCUACGAACAAUUGCGACAACAACGCUAUGCACAACAGCAACAAAACGCUCAAACUUCACCAACAACACAACAGCCACGAAAGUUAUUAAAUAGCGCCAGCAAUUCGCUGGACGACAACCAAUACCAAACACAAACGCAACAGCAACGGCCAAAUCGCCUACUUGACUCAGCAGACAUACAAACGAAGCCCACAGAACUCAAGUUGCCCGAUCAGUCGGAGCAGCCAUUCGAUAGCGCCAACAUUCGCAGCCCACUUGAGGUGGACAGCGGCGUGGGCACACCACUUAGCCCGCCCAGCACGAGCAGCAACAGUAGUAGCAGCGGCCUCAGUACAGGCUCCAGCAGUGGUGGCAGUCUCUUCAGUCGUAUGGGUUACAGAAAUACACCAACGGCACUGUCACCGUUAAGUAGUCGGCAGACUUUGUAUGGCGCCGGCAGUGUGCCGGCAACAACAACACCUGGUGGCAAAGUCGUGCCAGCUGUCGCGAUUAUUGCACCCGCCGAGCAAUCACAAACCGGUGCAGAAAUGCAUCCGCUAAGUAUGGUUGGUGAGGUGAAUGUGCGUUUUAACGGUACCACACAGCUCAAAUCGAUACGACCCGUACAUCAUAUGCGUCCGAUGGCCACUGUGGCAGCGGGUGUCGCGGCAGCGGCUGCAACGGCGCUGCAAGAGCAACCGUCAAAGACGGCCAGCGAGAUCAGCAGCAGCAAUGAGGCAAUAAAUACUGAUGCGGCUAAUGGUCGCAGCUAACGGUUUUGAUUCAUAGCGAAAAUUUUGCGUAGCUUCUAUUAAAGCAACAAUAUAACACAUGAAAGAUACAAAAAAAUAGAGCAAAAUAGAAAAUAAAGUGAAAACUGCGAUAAUUUUCCAGUUUGAAAGCGGGCUGCAAAAUAAAGUGGUUAACGCAAUUGACAAAGUUUUAUAAAAAAUACCGCUUCUUAAAAAUUAUAUAAAUUCAUACCUUCUUGACAUAAAGGUUCUACUGAAAUAAAAAGUUAAAAGUCUGAGAACAUCUGAGUUCUAUUUACAAUUUGAUAUUAUACAAGAAAAUUAUGACCUCCAUAAGAUUUCUAAGCUGUGGAUGUUACAGCAAUUUUUCCAAUUACAAUAAAUAUAUAUGUAUGUAUUUCGCUUUCGAACUGAAACUGAUCGCAGUUGGAGCAACCAAAAAAAUCUUUAAGCUUUAUGCGCUUAAAAGAAAUCUAGCAAAAAUUCUACAGUUUCUGAAUGAAGAACUGCUUUCAAAUGCCGCUAACAGAAUUGAUAACUUUAAUAAGAGCACCUACGCCAACACGAUCGCUAUGCAAUAUCUCUAAAAUUAUAAGGUGAAUUAUGUAUUUAGAUAAAUAUAUGUACGUAUAUGAAUGUCAGCGUUGAAAUGUAACCGCUAAACACUUGAUGAUAAUUAUAGUGAUAAUUAUAUAUUAUUUCAGUUAAUAAUUAUUUUGCAAAAGUUGCCCUUGCAAUGUCAACUGUUAUUAUAAAUACAUACAUAUUACUAUUAACUUUAAGUGAAAUUUAGAAACCAUUAUAAAUCGUUUUUUAUUUUUCUCCUCUUAAUUAUUAUUAAAAUUGUUUUUGUUUGAUUUGUUAAUAUAUUCUAACAAAUUUAUGUAGAUUUUAGUCUGAAAGCUAUAAAUAUUUACGAACAUUUAUAUAUUGUUAUAUUUCGCAUGUUUUAACAUAUUUUUGAGACUAGUCACGAGUCAAUUGACCCUGUGUAAGCAUAACGGAAAUAAAUUACUGUUUUGAAUAAAAUUAAGAUAUAAGUUCCUUACAACUGUUGUAUGGUUUAUAUAUUCUUUUUCUUUUUU